AUGCGUACUCAUUUUAUAGAGCUUGGUAUGUCAGAGAACGAUCCAUGGCAAAAGUUCUUAGCAGAACUUAAGGAAAUCGAUAAAGGGGUUCAGUCUACCCCGCAAUCAAAUCGAGCUCCAGUCGCUGAAGAUCUGAAUUUGUCCGCAGUGGGCGCAAAUCCCAACGGUUCCUUUGGCCUGUCCUCUUCAAACGCUGAUUCUAGCGACAAAAGUGACAAUGAAGUUAGCAAGGCAGAGAGGUCGUAUAUAAAUAAACUGCUCAGCACAAAGCUUGUGGAAACGCAGGCUAGCGAUAUUGAGAUGCUACGGGAGGACCCAUCAAAUCCACUACAUUCAGUUAAAACCUUUCAGGAUUUGAGAUUGGAUCCUCGGCUUCUGAAGGGUAUUGCAGCACUAGGGUUUUACAAGCCAUCAGCCAUUCAAGAAAAAGCUCUCCCCUACCUGAUUGGCGACAGGUAUGUAAGCACUCUCUUCUACCGCCGUUUUUGCAUGUUCCCAGUUUGA